AUGUCUUAAUCUCUUUGUCGUGCAGUACUACACCAAAUUUAACCACUACUACACUAUAUAAAAACACACACACAUCUCCAAUCUUCCCUCAAUGAUUUUCACUAAACUCCAAUGGCACGUUAUCAACCCCUUUUCUUCCUCAGUCUCUUUCUUCUUCUCAUCAUCUCCGCCGCUGCCCACGGCGGUGCUCACGACGGAGAUGCUGACACAGAUUCCGACUCACCUGCACCCUCCGAUAAACCCCAUCUGAGAUCUCGACCGUUGGUUCUUGUAAAAAUAUGGUGUUUGAUUAUAGUCUUUGUAGGGACUUUUCUUGGUGGAAUAUCACCUUAUUUUAUGAAAUGGAAUGAAGGGUUUUUGGUUCUUGGGACACAAUUUGCUGGUGGUGUGUUUUUAGGGACAGCACUUAUGCAUUUCUUGAGUGAUUCAAAUGAGACAUUUGGAGAUUUGACGAAUAAAGAAUACCCUUUUGCUUUUAUGUUGGCAUGUGCUGGUUAUUUGCUUACUAUGUUGGCUGAUUGUGUUAUCUGCUUUGUUUAUGCCAAGCAGAAUAACAGCAACGAUGUUCAGCUCCAAGGUGCUACUGAAAAUGGAAAAGGCAAUGGGGUAGGGCAGUCACAGGUCUGUGAUGGUAGAGAAGAUUACUUUUCAAAAGCACCUCUUGCAACUGCAUCUUCACUUGGUGAUAGCAUCCUAUUAAUCGUGGCGCUGUGUUUCCAUUCUGUCUUUGAGGGAAUUGCCAUUGGCGUCGCAGAUUCAAAAGCCGAUGCUUGGAGAGCUCUUUGGACUGUCUGUCUACACAAGAUAUUUGCUGCUAUUGCAAUGGGAAUAGCUCUACUUAGGAUGAUCCCAAAUCGUCCGUUGUUAUCUUGUGCAGCAUAUGCUUUUGCCUUUGCCAUCUCUAGUCCAAUUGGUGUUGCCAUUGGAAUCAUAAUUGAUGCUACAACUCAAGGGGUUGUUGCAGACUGGAUCUUUGCUAUAUCAAUGGGAUUGGCUUGUGGGGUUUUUGUCUAUGUAUCCAUUAAUCAUUUGCUUUCAAGAGGAUACAAGCCUCAGAAAAUGGUCUUAGUUGACAAGCCUCAUUUCAAGUUUUUGGCUGUAUUGUUAGGUGUUGGAGCGAUUGCUGUGGUCAUGAUAUGGGACACUUGAGUUUGUGCUUGAUUUGUUUGCAGCCGCAAAGCUAGGAAUUGUCUCAAGGGUAUUCAAAUUUGAAAGAAGUGAAAAACAAUUCCCGACAAAGACUGUUCAAUAUGUGUUAUAUACCUCUAAAAUAUAAUAUUUUACCUAUAUACAUAGUGCAAUUUUUCGACAAAGGGUGAUCAAACUGACCACUCUUUGUGACCAUGUGGCUUCGCCACUGAUUGUUUGGCAGCAGUAGCAGAAUAGUUACCUCUUAUUUGGAAAAUUUAUUUCAUUCUUGUUUCAAAGAGCAGGUAUACAUGACAUGGAGAGUGAAAUGUACAGUACUAAAAAUUGGGAUUUUUCUAGGUUGUCUUUAUCCCCUCUUAUUUCAAUGGAAUUGAUUUUCAAGAA